CUUCAGUUAAAUCCACCAGUAGUUAGUGGACGUUAGGUAAUGUGGUGACAAACAAAUCUUUAAAGUUUCUAUUGUAAUAAACUGUGAUAUAGUGUGACGCAGCUGUUAAGUAAAACCCCAUAGACAUAUGAAAGAAGAUUGGAAGCGUAGAACCAAGCCAUCAGUAUGAACAACAAACGAAACCCGUACUACAUUGGUUAUGAACACAAUGACCACGGCUACUCUGAUCCUUACCUUGACAGUGGUGCAACAUCCAAACAAAACUACGGACAUGAUGUGGAACAAACUAAUCAGAGGUCUGGUCCACGAACAGAAUCCCCAGCAAAACGACCAAGGAAGAAAAGGAAGGAGACGGCGGAAGGUUUGGCGUACAUCGUUGAAAAGUUCGCGGACAUCACAUCCCUCAAUGGGAUGCCGUACAUCGUCCGAUCCAGAACGUGUUUCGUCAAAAUUGUGUGGACCAUUUUAUUUCUGGCAGCCGUUGGAGCUAUGAUAUACCACUUAUACAGCCUCUUGACAAAAUUCUUUGACUACAACAAAACGUCCAAGGUGAGCCUGAACUUCAGUACCCUCCCUUUCCCAGCCGUGACUAUCUGCAACGUCAACGUUCUGCGGAAAUCUAAGUUAGAAAAUUCAUCAAUUGACAAUAUUCAAGACCUUGUAGCCAAAAUGAACCCGGAAGCUAUUAAACAGAAAGUUGACGAUUGCACGGUUGAAGGAGAGUGGAAAUAUGAUGAUGAUGUUGAUGUGUUUCUUGAAGAACCGGAUGAAGACAUUGGAGUUUGUUUGGAUAGAAUUCUCAAAAGUAUUAUCAUGUCGAUGUACGACUAUGAUGAAGAUAAUGCUAUAGACAAUGAUUACCCGGAUACAUGGGAGUCUACUGGACAGGAGUCCGUCUUUGAUGCUUUAGACAAAAUUUUCAAAGAAUAUUACUUGAAUCUAUCAGCAGAUACACGAAAGGAGAUAGGGCACCAGGUUAACGACAUGGUUUUACAAUGCUCUUUCGCUGGGAAGCGAUGUUUUCCUGACAACUUUACCCAUGUGUUCUCUGAGAACUAUGGGAACUGCUACACACUACAGUACGACAAAUUUAUUGUGCGUAAAAGUGGACCCUCUGGUGGUCUAGAGCUAACCCUUUUCAUAGAGACAGACGAGUACCUACCCGGCAUCACUCACAACAAGGGGGUCAGGGUCGUCAUCCACGAGCAAGGUACCGUGCCGUUUCCAGACGAGGAGGGGCUGAGUGUCAUGCCAGGCACCAAUACAUAUAUCGGCAUUAAGCAGAUCAAUGUAGAGCGGCUGUCGUCACCUUGGGGCAAGUGUACGGUAGAUGACUACAGUCAGAAAUACAACAGGAGUUACACGAGAAACACGUGUCAGGGUAUCUGUGAACAAAAUUACAUUCGAAAAGUGUGCCAGUGUCUUGAUGAAUCGAAACAAGAAAUCAAUAAAAUUAUGGGCAACGCAGAAAAUUUAACCAGUUGUGAGAAUGCCACACAACUGAAAUGCCUUACGAAAGUGACUUUUAACCCAGAAACGAUUCAAUGUGACUGCAGCAAUCCUUGCAAAGAAACAGUGUUUGAAAAGGACUUGUCUUCAACCGAAUGGCCAAGUGUAGAUUUAGCUCAAAUCUUUGCUGUCUCAAUCUGCAAAUCGAACCCAAACAUGAGUCUGUCAUUACUCAACAAACAAGUGCCCAAACAAUUAACACAAGAUUUCGUGAAAUUGAAUAUAUUUUAUCAAGACCUAAAUUAUGAACUGCUUACGGAAAAUCCGGAUUAUGAGCUCUCACAGUUGAUGUCUGAUAUAGGUGGCACCAUCGGCCUGUGGAUCGGCCUUUCUGUGCUCGGCAUCUUUGAAGUCGUCCAUUUGAUCACCCGGCUCUUGGUGUUUUUGUAUGAUUAUGAAAAAAAAAAGGACAUAGGUCAUCAACAACGCCCCUGUAUAGUUGGAUAUGACAACUCCGUCACAGGUAAUCAACAACGCCCCUGUAUAGUGGGAUAUGACAACUCAGUCACAGGUAAUCAACAACGCCCCUGUAUAGUGGGAUAUGACAACUCCGUCACAGGUAAUCAACAACGCCCCUGUAUAGUGGGAUAUGACAACUCCGUCACAGACUACCCCUUUAUUUCUCAUGCUGGGAAAAAAACUUACCUGAGUAUUUUAUGUUUUCGUAAACUUCGAGGGCUUGACCCGACUUUAUUCAUGGAAACAGACGAGGAUAUCCCUGUCAUCACAAGAACCAAGGACUUCAGGAUUGUGAUCCACGAGCAAGGCAUCAUACAGUUUCCAGACGAAGAAGGCCUCAAUGAUAUGCUUGGAACGAGCACUUUGAUUGGGUUAAAAUAG